AUGGCGCACAGCAUGCUUCCCUCGUUUCCUUUCUUCGACGCGCGUGCCACUGACGCCAACAACGUCGGGACCGAAUGGUUGAAGUGGGUGAAACGCUUCGAAAACUUCUACGUAGCCUGCGGCAUCACAGCUGACGUCCGGAAGACGGCCCUACAACUACACUACGUUGGUGAAGAAGUUUAUGACAUUUAUUGUUCGCUACCUGAUUCUCCCGCAGCCGCAACUGCGUCUACCGUUUCAAGCACCGAUGGCUCCAGCAACGCAACGCCUCUCUACACCGCACCACGCAAGAAGCUCGAUGGCUAUUUUGCACCCCGAGUGAACACUACCAUCGAGAUUUACCGCUUCCGUCAAGCCAAGCAAAUGGAAAACGAAUCACUCGACACGUUCUACGCCAGACUACGACAGCUCGUUAAGCACUGUGCUUUCGCCGAUGCCGACACCGAAAUCAAGAAUCAAAUCCUACUGUCUACAGUGUCAACACGUCUACGCCGGUAUGCCAUGCAGCAUGACCUCGACUUGCAAGGAAUUCUCAAACAAGGCAGGUUGUUUGAAGAGGUCGAGCACAACAUCUCUGUGAUCGAGCAAGAACGUCAGCAGUACAAAGAAAACUCAGCGUCAGCGUCUACACUUGCAGUGAACUCCAAGCGCACCUCACGACUUCAUCAACCGAAGUACCACGGGAAAGCGCCAUCACGGCCUCGCGAGCCUCCGCGCCAUCAAAGGACAGACGCAACAUGCAACAACUGCGGAAAACCAUGGCCUCAUAGACUAGUCCAGAUCACGUACAUUGUGGUGCCAAACAGACUGGAUCCGAGAGUGGCCUACCCAGACCUUUUCAAGGGAGUGGGCUGUCCAAAGGGCUUCCAAGUACACCUCCAUGUUGACCCCCUUGUUCAACCAGUAGCACAACCUCACAGACGCAUCCCCUUUUCCAUGCGAAAGCCACUGGAAGAAGAACUUGAAAGGCUACAGUCCCUCAGCAUAAUUGAAAAGACUGAAGGACCAACCCCUUGA